AUGGAGAAGGAAACAGAGGAUUUAGCUGCUAUUUCAACUGAAGUAGAUAGCAGUUCAAAUGAAUCAACAGAAUUUUCAACUUCUGAAGAUUUGAAACAAGAUCUAUUAAAAUUAAUUUCAUCUUCUGAUGGCAUAAAAACAGAAUUAACAUUUUUGACUUCCCAUGAUAUAAAACCCAACAUGACUUUUUUAACUUAUCAAGCGGUUACACAUGAUGUUAUUCCAGAAUUUUCAGCUUCUAAAGACAUCAAAACAGAAUUAAAAUUUUCAUCUUAUGAGGACACUAAACCGAACAUGACAUUUAUAACUUCUCAAGAUGUUAAACCUGUUGUUACACCAGAAUUUUCCUAUGCUGAUACCAUAAAAACUGAAUUGUCAACCUUUUCAUCUUUUGAUGAUGUAAAACACAUUACAUUUACAACUUCUCAAGAUGUUGAACCUGGUGUUACAACAGCAUUUUCAACUGGUGAAUCAGUAUGUUCCACAUCUAAAGAUACAGAACUAGAAUUAGCAACUUUAUCAACUAGCAGAACUUUAAAACCAGAUUUAUUGACAAAAAAAGUUCAUUUGGUAUUAGAAAAGAAAUAUGAAUGUGUUAUUUGUCAUAAAAGGUAUGCACACAGAUCUAGUUUAAGUGUACAUAAAAAAGUUCAUACAGGGGAAAAGCCUCAUGAAUGUGAUGUUUGUCACAAAAGGCUUAAAAACAGAUCUAGUUUUAAUACACAUAAAAAAGUUCAUACAGAGGAAAAGCCUCAUGAAUGUGAUUGUGAUGUUUGUCAUAAAAAGAUCUCAGACAAAUUUUAUAUUAGUAAACACAAAAGAAUUCAUACAGGAGAAAGGCCAUAUGAAUGUGAUGUUUGUCAUAAAAAGUUCUCCUACAAAAAUUAUCUUAGUAAACACAAAAAAAUUCAUACAGGAGAAAAGCCAUAUGAAUGUGAUGUUUGUCAUGAAACAUUUACUCACUAUUGUAGUUUAAGUAGACACAAAAGAGUUCAUUCUUAUGUUAAACCCAAAAUUACAUUUACAACUUCUCAAGAAGUUGAACCGGGUAUUACGACAGCAUUUUCAGCUGGUGAAUCAGUAUUUUCCACAUUUAAAGAUACAGAUUUAGAAUUAGCAACUUUAUCAACUAGCAGAACUUUAAAACCAGAUUUAUUGACGAAAAAAGUUCAUUUGGUAUUAGACAAGCAAUAUGAAUGUGUUAUUUGUCAUAAAAGGUAUGCACACAGAUCUGGUUUAAGUGUACAUAAAAAAGUACAUACAGGGGAAAAGCCUCAUGAAUGUGAUGUUUGUCAGAAAAGAUUUUCUAGAGGCUUAGAUAAGCCAUAUGAAUGUGAUGUUUGUCAUAAAAAGUUCUUAGACAAAUAUUAUAUUAGUAAACACAAAAGAAUUCAUUCUGAAGAUAAGCCAUAUAAAUGUGAUGUUUGUCAUAAACAGUUCUCAGACAAAAAUUAUCUUAGUAAACACAAAAGAAUUCAUUCAGGAGAAAAGCCACACAAAUGUGAUAUUUGCUCAAAAGAAUUUUUUCGCAAUAGUAGUUUAAGUAAACACAAAAGGGUUCAUACAGGAGAAAAGCCUUAUGAAUGUGAACUUUGUCAUAUUAGAUUUUCUCGAAAAUCUAGUUUGAAUACACAUAAACUGGUUCAUGUAGAAAAAAAAGCCUUAUGA